GAAGGGGGAGGGGAGUGCUGCCAGGAAAAGAGGACCAGCAGGGAGAAGGAGAGAGGGAAAUAGAGAGAGAGAGAAGUGAAUGUGUUUGCCUCUUAGCUGUCAUUUGUUGUGCCUGAGAAGUGAAGUUGUCUGGGAAGUGUCUUCAGUCCUUCUCACUGAACUGCACUGAUGCUCACUCGAACAAAAAUGCAGAACCAAGUCUUGAAGUCUUGAACUGCCAUAAACAGACCAGGAGCUUGUUUACACAAUCCUGUAAAAGACAACUGAUGAUGGCUCUCCUGUUGCUGUUUGUGAUUGUGCUACACCUGGUCACCUUGGCCAUGCUGUUCAUCGCCAUCAUGGAGAAGUCUUGGUGGGCGUGGGGAGAGAUAGAGACAUCAGACCUGUGGCACAACUGCAUGUUUGACAAUGCCACCCAAACAUGGCUCUGCUCCUCGCGCACUGAGGAGACUGACUGGCUUCAAGCGGUCCAGGCUCUGAUGAUCCUCGGUGUGGUCUUCUCGUCCAUCUCGUUCCUGGUGUUCCUGGGUCAGCUCUUCACUAUGUCCAAAGGAGGCCUUUUCUACCUGACGGGCCUCUGCCAGAUUGUAGCAGGUAUGUCGGUGUUCGCUGCAGCUCUUAUCUACACGUUUCAGCAUCAGGACAUCCUCCAGGACACCCGCGAACUCACACUAGGCAAAUUCGGCUUCUGUUUCAUUAUGGCCUGGGCGUGUGUGCCCCUGCUGAUGUUGAGUGGGGUGCUGUAUGUCCAUCUGAGGAAACGGGCUUGACCCCCUAACUGGUAUUUGAUUUGUUGGGAUGGGGUCAUUUUAGGGUCAGUGAGCUCCGGUAUGAAGUAAAGGUGCACUAAGCAGUGUUUUAUUUUAAUAAAAAAAGAAAAUUCUUUUAGACUCACAAAAAUAAUGUAAUUAUGUUAGUCUGCUCAGACCUUUUGAUGGAUUGGUGAACAUUUUUGUAUAUUCAAAAUGUGAAAUGUAAACAAAAUAUGUGCAACUAAAUCAUGGACAACCAAAGGUGAAGAUUUAUGUAGUUGCUGCUGCCAUUUGAUCUGAACCAUAAAUCCUAAAAUUGGAAUUCUGGUUUCUGGUUAAUUCAGUGCAGUAUUGACAUUUUUAGCACCUUUCUCUACUAUGGACCCCCAUGUAGAUCUCUUGUUUGCAGAUUGCACAGGAAUAUCUUGGGGCCAAAGGUUCAUGGUGGUCCUACUAAAUUAUUGCUAUGGUAGACCAAGAAGUAUCAGAAACCUACCUAAGUGCACAUUUUGCUGUCUAGAAAAGAAUUCACAGAAUUGUUUUUCUUCCUUGUGAUUAGUGUAGAAGUAAAGCAAGUAUCUCUUAGAUAUUGGCAAACAAUUUUUGAGGACCAUAAAGAAACUGUACAAAUUAUGGAAAACAUAUUUUGUGAUAAUACAAGAUGAAAAGAUGUCAAAAGACCUUCUAGUUGAGACCAAAGUUUGUGUAUCACUCUGCUCCUUCUGUAUGCAAGGAGGAGAGGGCAACAUUUGUAUUGCGACUACUAAUGAAUGACAGCACUUAUAUCUUAUAUAUUUUCUAAUAAACACAAAGUAAAUAAAA